ACAAUUUAAGUUUGCCAAUUAUUAAAACAACAAAUAAUUUGUUAUAAUUAGGAGUAGUUAAUUGAUCAUGAUUAAUGAGCAAAUUUUUAAACAUGAACAUGUUACAUAUUGGUCAGAGUGUGCAAGGACAGUCUGGAAGUAACAGUGUUUUGUAUUAACUGACAUCAUGAAUUCGUUCAACUACCAAACUUUGUCGUUUAACAACGCGGACUACAGCUACGGUUCAAAUGGAUCUAUGCAGCAGAGUACAUCAUAUUUGCCCCAAAGCGUUUCCAAGACUUGUGACUAUAACUGCAUUUGUUGUGCCCGUUUUCACGUUGGAAACCCUUGCCCUUGUAAUACACCGAAGACAUCCAUUGGGACCCAAACAGACCUGGAAGUUCCCCAGGGACUUGAUUCUGAGCGUUUUUGGAAACGUGGAACCUAUGAGCAUAGCAUUUUACAGAAAUCCGUACAUGAUGUUGUUCAGAAGUACCACCUCAGUGGGAAAGCAGAUGCUAGUUGGGAGCAAGCAACGAGUGAGAUCAUGAUUUCAUUUACAAAGGACAUGCCACAGACAUCAACAAACCGGCAGAAAAUUCAACAACGCAUGAAGAAAGCGAUUUAUUGGCUUAAAUUCUAUGGGAAGAAAAAAACUCAAGCCAUGAAGGAUGGGCAGAAGUCGGUUUUUCGAUUCUUGUGCAAGUCUAGGAAAGAGAAGUCUCAGACCACACCAGCUGCAACCAGCACAUUGUUUAAAGAUGCCCAUGAUAUAGGAGCAGACAAUCGUGGAGAUGACACAUUAGAGGAGAUGAUGUCCACACCUCCCUCUGAAGAUGAUGACAGCUCUGACAGUGAUGUCCCAUUGUCUACGUACAUCAGGAAAGGAAAGACAAAGAAAGGACAGUAAAGAUCACAGACAUUAUAUAUGUGUGAUGAUAUUCCAGUGACCCCAUGAUUGUGCGCAAAAGACUGAUUCACUUCACUACAAGCCUGUAUCAUGUCUAUUUACUAAGUUCUUGUAUGGGCCUAUGUGUAUUUAAAUGUAUAAUUUGGCAUGUUUACAAAUAAAAUGAAAUAAAAUCAUAUGGAAAUUAAUGUAUCAUUUUUGUUGAAAUAAAGUCACCAUUCUCUAAACUUAAAUGGUAGAGAUUAUAAAGAUGUUGACAGGUAUCAUUUGCCUAGGAAUAAAUAAACUUCUGUUUCACUCAUGGUUGAGGAAAUUCGAGAGUUCUAACGUUAAGAGUCUCGAAUUUCCUCAGCGUUGAGUGAACACCAGUUCCACGCAUACACGUGAAAUACAUCAAAAUUAAUGUAAAAUUACACAUACCUGCGAAGACUGUUCAAGCCACAGCUUUAGGUUUUCAAGUUGUCUUCUUCUUGAUUGAUUCUUUGAAAGUACACUCGAAACAAACGAUAGGCUAUCAGUACACGUGCUACAUGUUGCAUGGUUUACGUUUAGAAACCUUUUGAGCUCCAUAGCAAGCAUUCUGUACUUUUAUGGCUAAUUACAAAUGCUCUCAGUAAAUGGAUACAAUGUUCAAACAAUUCACGGUAUCCGUUGCUGAUCUGAGGCACUUGCAAUAGAGUACAUUUUGAAAUGUCAUGUAUUUUCGAGGUUCAAAU